AUGGAUAUUACCCAAAGCAAGGAGUCGGGCCCUCAGCACCUCGACGAGAAGGGGCCCGACACCGAUUUCUCGAAUUCCAAGUUCAUCAAUCAUGAGGCGGCGCAGGCCACGGCGAACGAGCACAGCUUGACCCUGUGGCAAGCUCUGAGAACGUACAAGAAGGCCGCUUUCUGGUCUGUCUUGAUCUCCACCACCGUCAUCAUGGAGGGCUACGACACCCAGCUGCUAGGAAACUUCUGGGGCUACACGGCCUUCCGUAACAAAUUCGGCACAUACGACGGUCCAGAAAACGGCUACCAAGUGAGCUCUCAGUGGCAGACGGGAAUCAACGACAUCGGCGCCGUCGGCAACAUGAUUGGUGCCAUGGCAAACGGCUACCUGACAGCCAAGUAUGGACACCGCAUAGUCCUCAUGGCCAGUCUCGUGUGGCUCUCAGCCGCCAUCUUUAUGUGCUUCUUCGCUCCGAACAUCCAAGUCCUGCUCGUGGGUGAGUUCCUCUGCAACAUUCCGUGGGGCGUGUUCGCGACGACAGGACCUGCCUAUGCUGCUGAGGUCGCACCACUUGCUCUUCGUGGUUACCUCACCGCCUACAUCAACUUGUGCUGGUGCAUCGGCCAGUUCAUCGCUUCCGGUGUCCUCAAGGGCCUCGAGGCCAACACGACACAGUGGUCCUACAAGAUCCCCUUCGCCGUCCAGUGGGUCUGGCCUGUACCGCUCUUUAUUGCUGCCCUGUUUGCGCCCGAGUCGCCUUGGUACCUGGUCCGGCAAGGGAAGCUAGAGUCGGCCAAGAAGUCCCUGAAGCGCCUAUCCCAGCCGGAGGACAACGUCGACUACGACUCCACCAUUGCCCUCAUGGUGCACACAGACAAGAUCGAGAAGGAGGAGCGGGCCGGUGUGUCCUUCGUGGACUGCUUCAGGGGAACAAACCGUCGCCGGACAGAGAUCGCCAUCAUGUGCUUUGUGAGUCAGGUCACCGAUGGUGGUGCGCUGGCUUAUUCCGGAACCUUCUUCUACGAGCAAGCCGGCCUGAGCACCGAUCUCUCCUAUGAUCUCGGUCUCGUCGGCACCGCCAUCGCGUUCAUCGGCGUCAUCAUCUCGUGGCUAUACAUCUCAAGAUGGGGCCGCAGGACCAUCUGGCUCGCAGGCUCGUACGCCCUCGUCGCGUGCUUGUUCGCCAUUGGCAUCAUGGCCUCGGUGACACCGCAGACCAGCGGCCUCGGAAUCGCUGAGUCGGUUAUGUGCAUUGUUUGGCUCGGCUCCUACUCGAUGAGUGUCGGCCCUAUCGUGUACACUAUUGUCGCGGAGAUCGGCUCGACUCGUCUCAGAACGCAGACUGUCGUGCUUGGACGUACCAUGUAUUACUUUGCCAACCUCAUCGGUGGCAUCAUGGAGCCGUACUUCAUGUCGCCCACCGCGUGGAAUGCCAAGGGAAAAACUGCCUACUUCUGGGGUAGUCUAUACUUGUUGACGACGAUAUGGGGCUGGUUCCGUCUGCCAGAGACCAAGGACCGCACUUUUGAAGAGAUGGACAUCAUGUUUCAGCGCAAUAUUCCCUCUCGCAAGUUCGCCACGUACGACAUCAACGCUGAGGCUGAUGACCGGUUUGUGGAGCACUGA